AAAAACCGUUGCAUCAUAGGUUGAAAGCCGCAUCGAACAUCUUCCCGGUACACAGCCAUCGCAAACAGAGAGAAUAGAUAUCCUAUCUCACAUUUCCCACCUGCUUCUCCAACGCUUCCAGCACAUUUCUUUCCCGCAUCGAGCUUCCCGGACCAUGGCGACAGCAAUACAAGCGCUGAAGGGCGACGCGCCCCAGCAAGCUCGUUCAUUAUACCGACAACUCCUCCGACAAGGCGACCAGUUCGCGGCCUACAAUUUCCGAGAGUACGCGAAGCGACGGACGAGGGAUGCGUUCCGGGAGAACAAGACCGUGGACGACCCGCGUAUGGUGCAGGAGCUUAUUCAGAAGGGGUUGAAGGAGCUGCAGGUCUUGAAGAGGGCGACCGUUGUCAGCCAAUUCUAUCAGAUGGAUCGGUUAGUCGUGGAGGGAGGCAGAUCGGUGGGAUUGAGCGGAUAUGGCGUCGUCGAUUUGCCGACAUGGGGAAAGAAAGAACAAACUGACAGCUAGGGAAAUGCUGUUACAGCGACGCACUUUGCCGACUUCUACCACCUUAGCUAUGGGGGAUGUGAGACUAUAACUGUACACCAGAUACCACGGGGUUGUGUUGUUUUCUUAAGGUAGGGGCUGACGAAAGGCCACGACAUCGUGUAGGAACGAUAGGGUCGGUUAUUGGAUUUUGGGGAACGACUUGAAAGGGCGAGGUAUUACUCUGUUCGGCUGUCCCAGGAUCAGGACGGCGCGGAAUAUCUGUGAGAAGAGAAUAUAGACUCUUUUUCACUGCAUCUUAUUCUAAUCAACCAGCUACAUGGGCACUCUCUUGCCUGGAUAUCGCGAUCAUGCAUUCACCUUGGCCACUGAGAGGAACGGAUGGACUGUCGGCCUUGGAAAGCGAUAACAUUGAAUAUGAACACAACGACUAAAAUAAUGCCCAUCAAUGGCUUCGGCAAUAGCGAGG